AUGUAUCAUAAUCAGGCCGGAAAACAAAAUAAUCAAAACCCAAAAUUUUAUCGUCGAUGUCAUGUAACAACACUUGCAAUUGUUCGUCGUAUUGCAUCCGUUGGCACUACUUUUCGUACCAUUCGUGAUGUUAUUCAUGUCAAAUGUCGUAAGAAAAGACCAGUACAUCGAUUGUAUCAAGCUGUUAUUGAAAAGAGACGAUCUCGAGCUUGGGGUAUGUAUCGACGAUUAUCUAAUGAAAAUAUAAAAACUAUGUAA